UCGGAACAAGACGAACGGCAAACACCGAAUUCGGAUGGAAAUGAUGGAAUAUUAAAUAAUAACAACAUAUUAGCUACUGUUAUAAAAAUGUUUUCAUUCCCACGUCCUUCGACAUAGUGCCUGCGAUAUUGAAAUUGGCUGAACCUUUGUGAACCGCAUUCCUUGAGACAACCACCGCCUACACAGAAUCCACCACUUAAAGCGGAUACAAAAAACCCGGAAAUGGGAAACGCUGAUACAAAACUGGUGUUCCGAAAAGCCGUUGUUCAGCUGACGUCCAAGACGCAGACCAUUAGCGCUGAAGACAACGAUUUCUGGGAUCAGUUCUGGUCAGAGACCGUAACUAACGUGCAGGACGUGUUCACUCUUGUGCCAGCUACCGAGAUCCGGCUACUAAGGGAGGAUGUACCAGCUAACUUGGCCACGCUUUGCUAUAAAGCGGUCGAGAAGUUUGUCAAGGCUGUGGAAAACAGCUGUCGUACACAACAGGAUCAAAAUACAGUCUUAAACUGCUCUCGACUGCUGACUAGAGUGCUCCCAUAUGUCUUUGAAGACCCAGACUGGGAAAACAUAUUCUGGUCCAGUUUGCCUGCUGGCAAAGGCGACCCACCCAUACCACUGGCACAUUCUCUGUGUAGUGCUAUAUGUGAUUUAUUGUUUUGUCCAGAUUUCACUGUUGCCUCCAAUCGUAAAAGUGGUCCGGAUAAAGCAGAAGAUUUACAUGCCGUAGAUAGCUGUGAAUACAUUUGGGAAAAAGGAGUGGGUUUUGCACAAUCUCCUGUAAAAAAUGCAACUUUUGAAUCAAAUCGCACCGAACUCCUGCGUUUACUGUUGACAUGUUUCAGUCAAGCUAUUUAUUCACCUCAUCAAAAUGGUAAUAGAUGGGUACAGUAUGUAACCUCAGCCGAAAAUCGACAUGCAUUGCCUAUGCUUACAUCUCUUUUGAACACUGUGUGUGGUUAUGAUCCUAUUGGUAUGGGUGUUCCAUACAAUCAUCUUCUAUUUGCUGACACGUCUGAACCAUUAGUUGAUAUGUGCCUACAAAUCAUUAUUGUUGCUUUGGAUUCAGAUGUGCAACAGAAUGAUGAAGCAGCCAUAGACAAUUUAUUUAUCAAUUAUUUAUCAAGAGUUCAUCGAGAUGAAGAUUUUUCAUUUAUUUUGAGUGGAUUUACAAGGUUGUUAAUGAACCCUUUGCGACAGACUUAUCUUCCACAUUCCACCAAAAAAGUGCAAUUCCACCAAGAACUGUUGAUAUUCUUUUGGAAAAUAUGCGAAUUUAAUAAAAAAUUUCUAUAUUUUGUACUCAAAAGUAGUGAUGUCCUUGAUGUUUUAGUACCAAUUUUGUACCAUUUAAAUGAUUCCAGAGCAGAUCAGUCUCGAAUUGGUCUUAUGCACAUUGGCGUAUUUAUUUUAUUAUUACUUAGUGGUGAGAGGAAUUUUGGAGUACGUCUAAACAAGCCAUACACUGCAACAAUACCCAUGGACAUUCCAGUAUUCAGUGGUACACAUGCAGAUCUUCUUAUUAUUGUGUUUCAUAAGAUAAUCACAACUGGACAUAAUAGAAUGCAACCGCUAUUUGACUGUCUCCUGACGAUUCUAGUGAAUGUGUCUCCGUAUUUAAAAACUCUGUCAAUGGUAUCGAGUACAAAGCUUUUGCAUUUGGUGGAUGCAUUUACAACUCCAUGGUUUUUGUUUUCUUCCCCAUCUGCCAACCAUCUUGCUUUUUUCUUGUUGGAGAUUUUCAAUAAUAUCAUACAAUAUCAAUUUGAUGGUAAUUCAAAUUUAGUGUAUACAAUUAUACGCAAGAGACAAGUUUUUCAUAAUUUAGCAAACUUGCCAACUGAUUACAGUGCAAUUAUCAAAUCGCUGACCAAAAAAGCUAAGAGAAAUAUGCAAGCAACUAACUCUGUUUGUCUAACAGCGGCUACUGAAACACCGAGUAUGGAAGGAUCUACACCUGCAUUGCCCGCAGAGCCUGGAACUCUCAAUGCCACACUCCCCGAUACGCCUGGCGUAAUGAAAAUAACAGAACGUGAAAGUGCUCAUCCGGGAAAUUUAACAUUACCCGCUGAACUGGUUACGUCUAAUGGCAUGACAAAGGAAAUUGUGAAACAAUCUUCUAACCAAGGAGAUUGCUCUCCAACAACAUCGUCGCCUAAGGAUGAUGCUGAAUGGGCUCCGACCACAGAAUGGGUGCGAUCUUGGAAGGAAAAGCUGCCACUGCAAACAAUUAUGAGAUUACUGCAAGUGCUAGUACCUCAAGUGGAAAAAAUUUGCAUAGACAAAGGUUUGACAGACGAAAGUGAAAUACUUAAGUUCUUGCAACAUGGUACGUUAGUUGGAUUGUUACCAGUCCCUCAUCCAAUACUCAUCAGAAAGUAUCAGUCUAAUCCAGGAACAACUGCUUGGUUUCGAACGUAUAUGUGGGCUGUCAUAUUUCUCAGAAAUAUCGAUCCUCCCAUUUGGUAUGAUACUGAUGUGAAACUUUUUGAAAUACAACGAAUGUAGGAUUCUUAUAAUAUCUGUUGUUUGUUUUGAUUUUGGAAACGACAAUUUUCACUUGAACAAUUCUUUAAUGCAUUACGCAUUUUUACGAUUUUUUUUUAAGUGUGAACUUUUAUCCUUAUUGGAUUUUAUCGAGUUCUUUGGUAUUAUUUAAUGUGAGCAUCUUAAAGUGAUCUGUAUCCACGGAGGAGAAAUAAAUUAUUUCAGUUCAAUGUUUUUAUGCAAAAGCAACUAAUUUAUAAGUCUGAACAAUGACAAAUUGACUAAUAUAUUAAUAUCCUCAAUGAAAUUAUAUUUUUCAAACAUAGGUUAGGAUACUAAUAGAAACUUCAUUUAAAAAAAACAAUAUGAUACAUAUUAUAUAGAAUUAAUAUGUAAUAAAAAGUCAUCAGUUUGUGCCAGUAGUUUGGGUGAGUUGCAUAAAGAACAGUCUGUAAUUUGUUACUGACUGUAAUUUACCGGUCCUAUAAGAUUUAAUGAUUUUUUUAAAACUAUGUUAGUGUGUGUUGCAUAAAGAAAUAUUAAAUCAUUGAUAACCGUGAUUACCAAUUUAAUUAAACCACCAAUGACAAUGACAAUAAUAUUUCAUCAAUCUGGUAAGUUACCGAAMAGGCGCAGUAUGCAAUAGCUUACAGAACCAUUAAUAGUUAACGGUUCGGUAAGUUGUUACAGGACGUUAGUUAAUGCAACCCACCUUUAGUGUUAUUAUAUUUAUUAUGUACUAUUGCAGUGGUCGGCAACCUUUUUGGAUUCCCGAGCAACUUUCACAAAAUCAGAGUUUGCAGGCCAGACAAACAUAACAAUUUUAUAUUUCAAAUUAUUUAGUAUGAAAAAAUAAUUGUUUUUAACUUUUAAGCGGGCCACUGAUUGCCUACCACUGUACUAUUGUACCCUUAGACCUUGAUAAUACAUACGYCUGUGAAAAAGCUAGAACAAUAAACUGUGGUUUUACUUAAAAUACUAAAUAAAUAUUUAUCUGUAGAAAUAUACAAAAAUCAUUUGGCAACUGAUGCAACGUAAAACUAUAUUUAUGUUUAAUAUCAUAUCGCAUAUUUAGUACAAAUUAAUGAUUUCAGAAACAGAAAUAAUAUCACUUUAAGAUGCAUUUUUGUAUAAAGUGUUGAAUUUAUGAUUUGUUGUAUUCAAAUAUUUAUGUUUAUUAUAAAUGUAUGCAAAAAUA